GAGCCAUUCAAAGACUCCUGUGGACACAUCUGAUACUCACAGGCUUGAAGAGGGAAAGAACAAUGGAAGAAUCUUUACCAACAUCAACAAAAGCAAGAAAAACCAAGAGAGGGAAUAUAAAUGAUCCUCCAUGCUUGAAGAAAGAAAGUACAAUGGCAGAAUCUUCACCAACAAAAGCAAAAAAAACCAGGAGACAAAGGAGAGAUGAAUCUCCAUACAUGUCAUCCUCCAGUGAACCACUGACUGAGGAGCUUCAGUGCUCUAUAUGUCUGGACGUGUUCACUGAUCCAGUCAGCACUCCAUGUGGACACAACUUCUGCAAGACCUGUCUGAAAAAGUGCUGGGACAACAGCCAGACCUGCAACUGUCUAUAUUGUAAAGAAACAUUCAAGCAAAGACCUGAUCUCAAGAUUAAUACCACACUCAGAGAGGUCAUAGAUCACUAUGAAAAGAAAGGUCCUGAGAAAAUAAGUGUGACUUUCAGUGAAGUUGUGUGUGAUUAUUGUGAGGAAAGAAAGCUGAAAGCCCUUAAGUCGUGUCUGGUGUGUCAGAGCUCUUACUGUGAAACUCACCUGCAGCCUCAUUUGAAAGUUGCAGGUUUAAGGAAACACAAACUGAUAGAUCCUGUGAGUAAUCUGGAGGACUAUAUAUGUCAGAAACAUGAGAAACCUCUGGAGAUGUUCUGUAAAGAUGAUCAGACAUGUGUGUGUCUGUUCUGUACUGAAGCAGUUCACAAGAACCACAACACUGUUCCUCUAGAAGUGGAGAGUGAAAAGAAGAAGACUCAGCUGAUGAAGACACAGAAAGUCGUGCAGCAGAUGAUCCAGGACAGAAUCAAGAAAAUUCAAGACAUCAAACACUUAGCAGAAUUUAGAAAAAGAAACACAGAGAAGGAGAAAGCAGCCCAUGUUGAGCUCUUCACUGAUCUCAUCCGCUCCAUUGAGAGAUGUCAGACUGAACUGCUGGAGAUGAUGGAGGAGCAGCAGAAAGCAGCAGAGAAACAGGAGCAAGAGCUCAUUGAAGAUCUGGAGCAGGAGAUCACUGAGCUAAAGAUGAGAAACACUGAGCUGGAGCAGCUCUUAUACACUGAAGAUCACCUCCACCUCCUACAGAUUUACUCAUCCCUGUGCAGCCCUACGAACACCAAGAACUGGUCUGAGAUCAGUAUUGAAACUGAUAAAAGUAUGACGACUCUGAGGAGAGCUCUGACUCAACUACAGGACACUCUAAAUGAAAAACUCAGUCACUCAGUAACUGAGCUGAAGUGGAUGCAGCAGUAUGCAGUGGAUGUGAUGCUGGAUCCUGAUACAGCUAAUCCAUAUCUCAUCCUGUCUGAUGAUGGAAAACAAGUGAGAGACGGAGACACUGAGCAGAGUCUCCCAGACAUCCCAGAGAGAUUUAAUAGAUAUGGAAUUGUCCUGGGAAAAGAGGGAUUCUCCUCAGGGAGAUUUUAUUUUGAGGUGCAGGUGAAGGGAAAGACUGGCUGGGAUUUAGGAGUGGCCAGAGAAUCCAUUGACAGGAAGGGAGAGAUCACACUGAGACCCAGUAAUGGAUACUGGACUGUUGUUCUGAGGAAUGGGAAUGAAUAUAAAGCCUGUGCUGGUCCCUCUGUCUCUCUGAGAGUGAAGCCGCAGCGGGUCGGUGUGUUUGUGGAUUAUGAGGAGGGUCUGGUCUCCUUUUAUGAUGUGGAGUCCAGCUCUCAUAUCUACUCUUACACUGGUCAGUCUUUUACUGACAAACUCUAUCCAUAUUUUAGCCCAUGCAAUAAUGAUAAAGGUAAAAACUCAAACCCACUGAUCAUCACACCUGUCAAUUGCAAUAAAUGAAUCUACCCCAAUAUUAAAUAGAAACACUAAAUAAAAACUUUUAAGAUCAAAAUCUAAAACCAUUCAUAAUAUAUGUGAUGCAACUCAAAUAAUAAAAGUUUAUUGUUUUUUUGUUUUUGUUUUUUUGUUUUUUAAAGUU